AUGUCCAAAAAGCAACUUUUGGCUCACACUCAGUUGCUUCGCGAUUUGGCAGUGGCUCGAUCUCAAAACUCACCGCACAAACAAUCCUCUCAACUUGAAUUAGUCUCCAAAAAAGCACAGGAAUUGGGGCUCACUCCACUCUCCGAAUGUCUUGCUAUUGAGUCUAAAUUAUAUGAAUUAUCCUCUCAUAACAAAGAUGAGGCUUUUCUCUCCGAAUUGGACUCUGCCAUCAACAAGGUAUCCAAUACAUUCAAAUCAUGUUCUGUUGUGUGCGAUUACUUUCAUUGGUGUCUGAAGAGUUAUGAAACUAAUAAUAACAAAUCAACCACAACAACCACAACAACAACAACAACAACAGCCUCAUCCUCCUCCUCCUCCUCGGAUAGUAACACCACUAUCAUGGAUAAUAUUUUACAAUCCUACAACAACAAUCCGGAUACUAUUUUCAACCCAUCGAAUAUUGAACUAUUGAAUAAUCAAUUGUUGUCAUCAUCAAAAGACUUACAUACUCAAUUGCCAUAUCUAUUUAUUUACUUUAGAUGUUUAUCAUUGAAAGCUUCUCUAUCCGAUUGCAAUAUAUUACUUCAACAGUUAUCAUCUCUUUCUAACAUCUAUGAACAAUCCGUAGAUUCCUAUCACUCCUAUUUAAUUCAAUAUGAAUUAUAUCAAAGCGUGUUAAAAUUGAAAAAGGAAAUGAAAAUUGAAGAAUGUAUUGAAUUGCUUCUCAAAAUAUUGACAAGCUUCAAAGCACUACUUCAACCUACGAUCAAAGUAUUCAUACUACAAUUAUUAGGAUCCACACUCUUUUCAAGUGUAUCUCAAGAAAUGUAUCUCAAGAUAUUCAACGAAUCAUCAGCCAUGUGGAAUACGAACAAUGCUGUUGCUACCAACACUACUUCAAAAUCAUUGAAAAAAGAUACAAACACUUCACAAGUCAAGUCCAUUGAUAGCACUGAAAAAGUCAUUGAAGAAGCUCUAUUGGUUCUUCUCACAUGUGAACAUUCAUUGUUUUAUAUCAUGAAUUUACAAUGCAAACCAUCUUCAUCAGCACUUGAAUUAUCAUCUUUAGCUUCUUCAACAAACAUCAACUCUCAUCCAAUUAUUUACACUCCACUCUCUGCAAAUGAAGAACAAAUGAUCAAACUCUCAAAUAUUUAUGAUCAAUUAUGUCUUUCACUUUCAACUAUCUAUUGUACGAAUUAUAAUAUUGGAUUUGAUAUUUUGAAACAAAUUAUGGAGAGAGGAAUUGGAACAUUUAGUGAAAAUGCUCAUUUUUGGUUCCAAUAUGCAAUUCUUCUAUCUAAUAACAAACUUUAUCAUCGUGCAUUUAAAAUUGUUGAAAGUGUUUGUAUUCCACUUGAGCCUAGAAACGUGAAAUAUUAUUUAUUUGCAUGUACCACUGGAUUGAAAUUUGGAAAGAUUACCAAAAGUAUUUCAUUGGCGCAUAAGGCUAUGGAUAUGAUGGAUGAAAAUGAAUUUCCUAUCAUUCAUGCUAGUGCGCACAUGGGUGAUCAUGGUAAUCAUGUUGUUGUUGGAGCUAGUAGUAGUAGUAGUAAUCAUGUUGUUGUUGGAGCUAAUAGUAGUACUACUAAAACUUUAGCAACCAACUCUUCAAACUCUUCCAAACGAUCUUGUCUCAAUCAUUUAUUCCGUUCUAAGCUCUAUCAUAUUUUGGGAUUAUUAUAUUACAAACAAAGUAAGAAUGUCUCAACCAUGACUGAAAAGACUAAAUUGUUAAAUCUCUCAAUUGAUGCUCUUGUGAAUAAGGUCCACGACACGUAUGAUUCCAAUGAUUACAAAUUAUGUUAUCAUAUCGCACUCGUAUAUGCAGAAAUGAGAGAAUUGAAAGAAGCAUUUAAUUUUGUGAAGAAAUCAAUUGCAUUGAAUCGAAUGGAUGACAAACAACCAUGGAUAUUAUUGGCAUUGUUAUUCUCGUGUGAUAGACAUAAUCAUGUACAAUCAUUUAAAACAAUCAAGAUGAUACUUGAACAAUAUCCAAAUGAUAUUCAAUUGAAAUUACUCUAUGCUCGAAUGGAGGAAUUAUUAGAAUCAUCGAGUAGUAAUAUUAACAUUAGUAGUGGUGUUGCAACAACAGCGCUUCACUCUGCUAAUGAUCACUUGACAACACCAUUACCUUCAAAUGCUAAUAUUGCCAAUCACUCUACUGGUGUGGCUAAUAUCAGUAAUAAUAGUAAUAAUCCAAGUGGAGUUGGACAACAGACCAAUACUAUCCCUAAUACUACUGCAACUAACAAUACUUUUGGAAUCUCUUCUUCCUCUAGAUCUGUUAGAACUUAUUCUAAAUUGAGUGAUGAAUUAGAUAAGAGUUUAGAAUUAUAUACUACACCUACCAUGAAUGAUGUGUCUAGAAGAGGAACAUCUGGUAGCAGUAGUAGUGGAAUCUUGGGACCAUCGAUCAUAUCAAUUAGUGAAUAUAGACACAAAAAGAUUGAAUUAAUUCAACAAUAUAUUUUCAUUAGUGAGGCAUUGAGAAGAAAAAAGUUACUCGAUGACGCAACAUUUAACAUGUCCAAAGCCAAGGAAUUGAUCAUACAAUUGGUUGAAGAAAUUGAAGAGAUUGAAAGCAGUAAGGUUGCAUCUCUAUUACCUUCGAAUACAACACCAAUUUCGACAUCUAAAAAGAAGUCAGACAAUAAUAAUUCUCAAUUGAAUAUGGAAGGUGUUCAAAAGACCUCUCGUGAUUAUAUGACUAUUAUUGAUUUACUUUUAAAUAAUGGAAGACUACAAAAAGAUGAAUCUCAACAAGAAUUUAUUGUACUCUUAAAGCAAACCAAUGCAUGGAUUCAUUGCGCUGAGGGUCGAAUUUUUGAAGAUUCUGGUAAAAUCAAAGAUGCGAUCAUUGAAUAUGAGGCUGCAUUGGUAAAUGACACUGAUUGUGAAGUCGCAUCACUCAGAUUAGGUGUUAUUUAUUACAAGCAUGAAAAACAAUAUACCAUGUCAAGAAAUUAUCUGCAGAACGCUGUCCGUAUUAAUCCUUUUAACCACUUGUCAUGGUAUCAUUUAGGAAAAGUGUUAUCGGAACAUUUUGGAGACGAGGAAGAAGCAAGUGAUUGCUUUAUGAAUAGUUUGAAUUAUGAAAAGACUUGUCCAAUCAUUGAUUUUGGAAGUAGUGAAUUUUUGUCGUUAUUGGUUUGA